UCGCGAGAACAAGCGGAGUGAUGACGCAACAAUCAGGAAGUGUCGGAGAACCGGGAAGCGGCGGCUGCCGAGAUGGACGAUACACUCUUCCAGCUGAAGUUCACAGCAAAGCAGCUAGAGAAGCUAGCCAAGAAGGCCGAGAAGGACUCGAAGACUGAGCAAGCCAAAGUCAAGAAGGCCCUUCAGCAGAAAAACGUAGAAUGUGCUCGCGUCUAUGCAGAGAAUGCAAUCCGGAAGAAGAACGAAGGUUUAAACUGGCUUCGGAUGGCUUCCCGAGUGGAUGCAGUGGUCUCCAAGGUGCAGACAGCAGUGACCAUGAAGGGGGUGACUAAAAAUAUGGCUCAGGUGACCAAGGCCUUGGACAAAGCUCUGAGCUCCAUGGACCUACAGAAGGUCUCGGCGGUGAUGGAUAAAUUUGAGCAUCAGGUUCAGAACUUGGAUGUUCACACCUCGGUGAUGGAGGACUCCAUGAGCUCUGCUACCACCCUGACCACGCCGCAGGAGCAGGUGGACAGCCUCAUUGUGCAGAUUGCCGAGGAGAAUGGCUUGGAGAUCAUGGACCAACUCAACCAGCUCCCCGAGGGGGCUUCGGCAGUGGGGGAGAGCUCUGUCCGCACCCAGGAAGACCAACUGUCCCGAAGACUGGCUGCCUUGCGGAAUUAAAGUCUCCCAUUGUUCUGGAUGAUCACUGUUCCCCUACUGAUCGUGCGUGGAGUGGGGACAUGUGGGAGAGCCGCCCCCCAAAGCUCCCACUCUAUCCCUGCUGUGGCCUUCUGCUAGCAAAACCAGAACCAGCAAGCCACUCCUUCAGAGCCUGUUCUUCUGCGGUGGACUCUGGUCUUUUCCGACGAUGACUAUUCCCUGAAGAGGCAGCAGGAAGAGGUGUUGGAGGGAGGUUUGCCGAGUGAGCGUGGCCUUGCUCUAGGUGGCAGAGUGUUCAGGGCUCUUAUCUUUAAAGCAGCGCUGCCACUGCCUCUCCGCAUCCUGGGCCUCUAGGGGGAGUGAAGAUGCUGCUUUGAUUCUAACACUACAAGGAGAUCUUGUUGGAAGGGGAAGUGCAUGUUCUGAUGGGACACUGGGUGCCUGCCCAUCUCUGGAUGGCUGUAUCUCUAGCAAAUGUGUAGUGCAUCUUUCUCUCCACAUCCUGUACAUUGGCUCUCUUAGCCACAGUGUGCUUUGCUGUGGGUGACCCUCCUACUAACAGCAUGCAGCAGGUAGUGCCAUGGAUCCUUCCUGUUUCCAUCUAAGUCCCUUCCUUCCCCACUGCCUGUGGUAGCUGAGGGGAAGGGGUGCCCACCUGGGGCGUACGUGCACAUUGGUAGUGUUUCAUGGGCGAGGCAGCUGCCUUGGCUGAAGGGCACAAAUCUCUGUAGUGGCGUCUAGUACAUCCAUAUUCCCAGUUAUCUGCUAGUCCCUGGUGCAGCACCUGUAGCAUUGAGACAAUAGGGAUCCCAGCGUGCAGGGAUCUCGCUUUGCCCACUCUUAGCCCUGGCACUGCUUGUCACGUUGCCUGCCCUGGAUUUUCUCACCGUUAAGUGACCUUUGAGAAGUUUGCCUCCACAACCACACGCUGUGACCACUGAGAUCUGGGAUUCUUCAUGCAUGCCACCCCAGGGAGCGAAGCUGUUCUGAGCUGCUCCAGCCCGGCAGCGUUCAAGGUGCAGUGCUGUCUGCUGGGAAUGCAGGGGCAUGGUCUGUCUCCCAGCUCUGUCACUGGCAGCAUGACAGCAGAGCAAAUGUCCAGCCCCUCCUGUGAAUGGUGAGGAUGUCUCCACUGUCCCAGCAGAUGUUGUACUUCCCUCCUAAAUACCUCUGUUGCCUUUACCUCUUGGGUCUCUUUCCCCCGCCUCCGCUCCCUUCCUCAGGGCUGACGCAGACAAGAGGCCCCAGCUCCACUGGUGACUGAGUGUAAGCUCGUCGCUUCCUUUAACCCAGUCGACACUGCAGGCCUGGGAGCCAGGCUGAGAAGGAAGGAUUGGCCCGCACACCUUCCUCAGCCCCAGGCGUGAGAGCUUUGAGAGGCAUACGGUGUCACUUCUCACACUCAGCCCAGCUCUGCGUAAUGGUGGGAGACACCGCCGGGGAAGUGGGGAGGUAGCGAGGGGAGAUCUGAGCCCAGCUUGCUGCUGAGCCAGGUUCCCAUUCAGAGGAGUUUUAACCUCCAUCCCUGCUGGCUCUACACUAGCUGCCAUGUGCUGGGAGUCUGGUACCACUGUGCAGGAGUCAGUGCAGAGCACUUGUGGCAUACCCAGCAACAUGGCGCAUGUGUUUGGCAGCAGCUAAAGUAGAGAGUGGUUACUGUGAUGAACGGCCCUGGGACUGGAGUGCUGGUUUCACAGGGAGGGCUGGCUCAUAAUUCAUUAACUGUCUCUAAGUGUUAAGUGUCCAGUAGCUUCUCGCAGAUGUGCUAAGGGACCUGCUUCUCUUUGGUUAGGGAGCAAGAAAUCCCUGCUUUGGGGAGCAGGGGAGGCAGAUGGCAUCAGACACACUCCCCAUCACCGUCAUCCCUGAGAGCAUCUGGUGCAGCCUGGUGUCUGACGGUGGCUGGCCUUGCCACUCUCAGUCGGAAGGCAUGUCGCUGGGGUACAGAGUCAGCAGGCUGGGGGUUCUGCAGCACUUACGUGCGGACACACUUUGACAUCUCUGAUAUUUUCCCUCCACGUCUUGUGGCCUUGGAAGAUGCACGUUGGCCUCCCUUUUGCGAUUAGCCUGAGCUGGGCUGUUUGAGUCCAGCUGUGGCCGCCCCCCACACGGUGACAGAGGAGACACAGGACUGAGGAGGAAGCUGGGGCUGUAGGUGAGCUCCAGGGCCGGCUCUAGCAAUUUUGCCGCCCCGAGCACGGUGACACGCCACGGGGGGUGUGCUGCCACUCACCGCGCGGCUCUGGUGGACCUCCCGCAGGCAUUUCUGCGGAAGGUCCGCUGGUCCUGCGCCUCUGGUGGAGCUGCCACAGGUGUGUCUGCGGGAGUUCCACCGGAGCCGCUGGACUAGCGGACCGUCCGCAAGAAUGCCUGCGGCAGGUCUACCGAAGCCACGGACCAGCGGACUGUCCACAGAAACGCCUGUGGGAGGUCCACCGG